AUGGAAAUACUGCUGCUUGACAACUUUGGUUUGUGUUUUAAGUCCGGUGAAGAGCUGACACCAAUUGUGUUGGGAAUAUUUUGUGCAACAGAUCUGCUUGUCAAGUUUGCAAAUCAUUUCUUUGCACAACGCAAACUAAUUCAUACUAUCCAACAUUCCAUACUAUCCAUACUAUCCAACUCAGCAUUCAUCAACCUUGUGCAUUUGAAGGAAUUUCCUUCCACACAUCGCUUUCCUAGCCAAAUUGGUAGAGGUGGGACUGAAACCGAGUGUGUGUUGCUUUUAAAUAAAUUAUCAUUCCUCAUUACGGUGGAUUCCAUUGCAUCAUGUUUUCCCAUUACAAAUCUUCGCAUAGUUUUCGAUUUCACUGUAGGAAUGUGUGCAACCUUCUGUGAUUUACACUUAAAUCAACCAUAA